GCGGGCUACUUGAAUAGCAAGACUAAGUCAGUUUGUAAAAUAACUGCAGGAGUAUUACAGAAAAGAAUUUAGCUAACAGGAAACGGAGUUGUUUUUAAGAACUUUAACUGGAGUGACAGGUUAUAAUUUAUACGAGAAGCUAGGUGAAACAUGCAGCAAAUGCAUCGCCCUUAGUUGUUGCACCUUUUCAAGUUGUCCCAAGUUGCAAUACUUCGUAAUACGUUGAUUGCCGAAAGACUUUUAUCAAUUUGCUGUUUUGUUUACUAUUUCUGUUUAUUUGAUUUAGCCUUUUAUAGCCUCCAGCCUGUCUAUUUUUAAGCUGACGUUUUUAACUUCAAUAUUGCUAGUAAGUUUUAUUUUGGGGACGCUUUAAGGGUCUGUAUUGGAGAUGCACCGAAGUCACGAUGGUGGUGCUGCCAGAGCUGUUAAUCGGGAAAAUGUCUUGCCUGCCGCUUCCCAAGCGAGUCGUAAAUAUCAGGAAGAGAACCAGGAGAAUGUUAACCCACACCUUAAGGCAUCUGCAGCCCAACAUCGGACAGUUUUAGGGGUUCUCAAUAAUAACCAGGGCAACAAAACACGGUCUCAACGCCCGUCAAAGCAGGGUUCUACAGCUCAAGGGUUCAUUAUUCAUGAUGAGAAUCAUGGUUGGACAGAAACUGCAAAGAUUGCAGGUAAACAGCCUGCUUUCACUAUCCAUGUGGAUGAGCCAGACGGCAGAAGCGAGCCUGUUACAAAGAAGACUAUUGAAGAGCCACUUCUUACUGCAGCUGUGGCAAAUCUUGAUGUUAGGCGGCCUCUGGCUUCUCUUGAAAUCUCAAUGGAUAUUAGCUUUGAGUCCCCAGGACUUAUGGAGUUGUCGGAAAUUGAAGUUGAUGAGCGAAAGGUUAAUGCUAAUGAAGUGCCAGAUUAUGCUCACGACAUCUACAGUUAUCUUCGGGAAAUGGAGGUGAAGUGCAAGCCUAAGGCAGGCUAUAUGAAGAAACAGCAAGAUAUAACAAACAGCAUGAGAGCUAUUCUUGUUGACUGGCUAGUAGAGGUUGGCGAAGAGUACAAACUUUCCACAGAGACUUUAUAUCUGUCUGUCAACUACAUAGACAGGUUCCUGUCAUCAAUGUCUGUACUCCGAGGAAAGCUCCAGCUGGUUGGGACUGCUGCUAUGUUUGUUGCUUCAAAAUUUGAAGAAAUUUACCCCCCUGAAGUUGCAGAAUUUGUGUACAUCACAGAUGACACGUAUACAAAAAAGCAAGUACUUAGAAUGGAGCACCUUAUUUUGAAAGUCCUGUCCUUUGAUCUGGCUGCACCAACUGCACAUCAGUUUUUGACGCAGUAUGUUAUGCAUUGCAAAGUCCAUCCAAGAGUUCAGAGCCUGGCUAUGUUUCUUGGAGAGUUGAGUUUAAUAGAUGCUGAUCCUUUCCUGAAGUAUUUACCAUCCGUAAUUGCUGCUUCAGCAUUUCUUCUGGCAAAUUAUACAGUUACUCAGGAAGUCUGGCCUGAAGUCCUAGAAAAACUGUCUGGCUACACACUUGAAAGCUUAACUCCUUGUUUGACAGACCUUCAUCAAACCUACCUCAGUGCAAGACAACAUGCACAGCAGGCAGUUCAAGAGAAAUAUAAAAGUGGAAAGCUUCAUGGAGUAUCGUCUAUUAAUCCUCCAGACGUUUUGGCAUUCCUAUGAUUUUAUGGACUAGUUUUACAUUCUGUACUGGCUUCUCAACAUCUGGUGAAUUUUUGUACAAUUGCAAUUAACAAUUUUUGGUGAGUGUCACUACAUCAACCAGACAAACGAAGUCCAGGAAGCAACUAUUUGCGAAUUUGAAAAUUAUGAGUACUUUUAUAUGGAGUUUGCCAAUUUUAUACACAAAUUUUAUUUUUUGUAAGUGCUUUUAAGCUUCAGAACAAUAUGUUGGCAGAUUCUUAAGUGCUGUUCCCCAAUAAAGCCAUUUACUUGGUCAGUGGUUCUUAUUUCUAGUUAUGCUAUUAUGUAAGUGUAGGACUAAUACUGGCAUUUCUGGAAAGUUGGACUUUUCACUGGUUUUCUUUUUUCCGAGCCCACUGUUCAGUUGCACAUUUCAUCUUUAAUGCUUUACCAUAGCUGCUACACUAAUACAUGUGUUGGCACGUAAAGAGUCUUCUCAUUUGUUUUGAUGUGAAAAUGAGUGUAUUUAACUGCCAGUUGGAAAUGUUUUCAAUGAUCUUAACUGUUGUGAAUGCUUGUGUAUAUAUAUUUAUGUUUAAUAUUUUGUAUAGCUGUGUAGAAACAUUCUGUAAAGUGGCACAUUUGGUGAUAUGAAUGCAUUUCACUUUCUCUCAUUUUCAUAGGUGUAAGCCACAUACUUGGGUACAGCUAAUGCUAAUUUCAUAUUGUAUAGAAUCAUUUUAAAUGCUGCUGUUGAGUCCUCCACAAAGUAUUGUGUUAAAAGCACAUAUGGGGAAGUUGCCGAAGACUUUUCAUGGUAAUUGUACAAUAUUUAACCUUCCACUUUGUAAACAGUUAAGUAGGCAUCAUUGGACGACAUUGGUUCUGGCAAAGAACAUUGCAAAUAAGUUGUCAUAUGUCUCUUUUCAUUGUGAACCGCUGCAAUGGAUAUAUCCCUCUUUAGAGGGAAAUAAAAAUUUGCACAAAAUACAAAGAAUAAAGUGCAACAAGUCUAA